UUUAUUGAUUUGUUUCUAAUUUGUUUGAAGGUUUGAAGUUCAAAUCAAAGAUGUGAUUUUGUGAAGCAAAUAUCUAACAUAACAUAGGUUUUAAAACCAGAAUUCCCAAGAAUUCUAUAAUCAAUUAUACUCACCGGCUACACCAGCCCUCCAACGAAGUACUCCUGUAUUCAGACAUGGAAGAGUCCCAGGAAACACCCGACUAUGAUGGUGAAUUUGCAUUUGAAACAGAUCACUUAGCAAUAAGAGGAAACAAGGAUUACAGUGAAUUAUUGAAAUACAUUAUUCAAUUAGAAGCUCAGAAAAUAAAUGCUCUUCAUGACAUUGAAAACUUGUGCGAGACACAGAACAAAGCUUUAGAAGACCCAGUAGGGUUUGUUCAGGAUUUACAAUGUGGUAAAGUUAACUUUCCACCUCACCAGAAGAUAGAGGAUUUACCAGUGAUUGACUGGAGUUCAUACGGGAUUGACACUGAUAUCGAGAAUGACUAUAAACCAACUAAAGAGGAACUGGAAUCUGCCACAAAAGUUAGAGGACGAAUAUUCACAGAUAGCAAGCCAGAAACAUUCAACCAACUGUGGUCAUGCGAAGAGCAAAAACGGCUGGAAGAGUUGUUGGAAAUAUAUCCUGAAGAACUUGUAGAAGCAAAGAGAUAUAAAAAAAUAGCCAAUGCCCUCGGGACAAGAACACCUGUACAAGUAAUGAGCAGAAUACAAAAGUAUUUUGCAAAGUUAGCCAAAGCUGGCUUGCCUAUACCUGGACGAGCACCAAAGCGGGUAGGGAAGGACAAAACCAGGUCAUUUUUCUUCAAGAAAUCUACAUUCUUUCCCCAACUUCAUGUCCCAGUUAAAAUGGAGGACCCUUAUGACAGCAGUGAGACCCAGGAUGGAACAUCACUAAAUAUAAAAUCUGGAAACAAGUCCAUGUUAGAAUUGUUAAAAGCAGCUAAGGAGCAGAGGUUGUUGGAUGAGACGCUGCCAGUUUAUCAAACAAAGACUAUGUGUGUAGGUUGUCAAAAGACAGGCUUUCUUGGUGCAAGGUGGACAGAUAAUGCUGGGACAGACUUUUGUACUGACUGUAUUGUUAAACUUUUACCUGCUGAAAAACUGAUACCUAUUAGACAACCUGUUUAAAUUCAAUAAAUGCUUAUUACUUAAUAUU